GUUGAUCAACUUGGGGAGUCAUCUUCCGCAGAGUUUUACUGUUGAUCAUUGCCACAGUGAAAACCAGAAGAUUACUGAGGUGGGACUGAAACAGUUCUUUCAACAAUGUAAAGGCUCACUCAAGGAAUUGAAUAUAAAAAACUGCAGUGGCCUUGGAUUAAGAGGGGACACAGUUCUUUUUCAUGCAAGUCUUUUCUGUAAUCUUUUGACUACUAUAGAUGUAAGCUGGACAGGAUCAACUGAUUGUGGAAUAAUCAGCCUAGUAACUUCUUCUGAAAGUCUGCAGUGUCUUUCGGCUAAUGGAUGCCAGAUUACAGAUUAUGCGAUUGCUGCUUUAGUUGAAAAGCAUGGGAAAAGUCUCAGGAAACUGGAAAUACUUGGUUGCCAUGCUGUUACUGAAAAAUACAUAAGAUAUGUUGCCAUGAAAUGUCCAAAUAUGAAGGUACUGAAUAUUGGGAGAAUCCACAAGGUUACAGCAGACUGCUUGGCCCAAGUUGUGAAUAAUAUGAAAAAGCUAAUUUGUCUUGACAUUACAGGGCUUAAUAUGGUGAAGGACUGUGUAGUUCGCUUUAUUGCAAUGAAGUGUCCUGAACUAGAAUGUCUAGUUCUCAACUCUUGCUCUCAAGUAACUGAUCUCAGUUUAAUAGAAAUAAGUACGUACCUCCCAACAAUCAGGUAUCUUGAUGUUAGUGGCUGUAAAGGGGUGACUGACACUGGCGUUCAAGCUUUGGCAGGAAGUUGUUGGAAACUGUUUCACCUUGAUUUGAGUUCUACAGCAAUAAGCAAAAGAGGAGUUUGUUUGUUGGCUAGCUUCUGCUUCAGAACUCUGGAAUGUGUGAAGAUUAGUUUCUGCAAGGCUAUAACCUCAGAUGCUGUUGCAAAACUAUGUAAAAACUGUAAAAGACUGAAGAUACUUCAUUUAUACGGCUGCAGUUUCAUGCCUGAUCUAGAGUCCAUUAAAAAAAUCAAUAAAAAUGUUGAAGUGUUUCAUGAUCUGCCUAUACCAGCUGCUAAACUCUCAUCUGAGUGAGGAACUUCUUUUGCUAAAAGAUGUUAUAUUAGUUUAUUGGUACCUAUUUUAUUGCUUUAUUUAAAAAGAUGUAUACACUUUAAUUUGGGCAAGAUUUAUGUCUGCUGAUAUUUUUUACUGUCUCAGUAAUAAUUUCGAACAUCUGUAAAAUAGAAACAAAAAGGUCUCAUUUGCAGGUCUCUGCAAGAAGUACAGUUUCACAUGUGAAAAUAAACCUGCUUUACGUAAGCUGGCUGUUGUGGGUUUUCUAGACUGUAGUUGGUGAAAAAGUAGGAGCAAAAACUACCGGACCAUGGCCACACAGGCUGAAACUCACAACAGCCAGUUGAUUCCAGCCAUGAAAUCCUUCAACAAUUGACUGCUAUAUGUAACUUAAAUCAUGAAUUGUUUAGUAUAGCAUUAGUCGCAAUCAGAACAAACGUGAAGAAUGAUGAAAUUAUAUAAGCAAAAAUGCAAACAUAUACACACGUUCAUUAGAAAUUCAAGAUACAGUUUAAACAUAUUCCCCAUCCCCUGCUAACUUCUUUAACAGAUAUGCAGGAGAAUAAGGGUAAACUGGUCAAAGUCUUUGUAAUAUAAAAUGCUGGUAGUCUACUGUGAUAUUUAAUUUAUAAACCAUUUCUAAGUCCAGUUGAUUUAAAAAGGACAGAAACGUAAAUAUCUGCAUUACAUCGCCGAUGCUCUUUCAAAGCAAACUUGCAUUGUUGAGUAUUGGAAGCCCAAAACUUUUGAUAGACACAGACUACGAGAACU